CAAUUAUCACCAAGCAUCAAAGGUCCUCACAGCAAGUUUCAACCUACUUUCUUCGUUGAACUCGUAAUUACAAUGGCUACUACAACAGUUGCUGAUAGCAUGCCUGAUGCAUUGAAACAGAGCCGAUAUCAUAUGAAGAGAUGUUUUGCUAGGUUCACUGCAACGGGAAGGAGGCUGAUGAAGUUGAAAAAUUUGAUGGAAGAAAUAGAAAGCACUAUUGAAGACGAGGCAGAAAGAACCAAGGUUUGGGAGGAUUCACUUGGACAAAUUCUGAGUUCCACACAGGAGGCAGCUGUUGUACCACCUUAUGUUGCCUUUGCAGUGAGGCACAAUCCUGGCUGCUGGGAUUAUGUCAAAGUUAAUGCUGAAAAUCUCUCUGUUGUAGCUAUUUCACCCAAGGAAUAUCUCAAAUUCAAAGAGAUGAUCUUUGAUGAGGACUGGGCAAAGGAUGAUAAUGCACUGGAAGUAGAUUUUGGUGCUUUUGACUACUCUAAUCCUCGGUUAGCCCUUUCUUCUUCUGUUGGAAAUGGGCUCAACUUUGUCUCAAAAGUUUUGUCAUCAAAGCUUGGUGGAAAGCCAGAGGAAGCCCAACCUUUGCUUGAUUACUUACUUGCUCUUAGUCAUCAAGGAGAGAAUCUAAUGAUCAAUGAGAAUCUGAAUGGCGUCUCUAAGCUUCAAGCAGCACUGAUAGUAGCUGAAGUUUUCGUAUCUUCCUUCUCCAAAGACACACCGUGUAAGGAUUUUGAGCAUAAGCUCAAAGAAUGGGGCUUUGAGAAAGGAUGGGGAGAAAAUUCAGGAAGAGUUAGAGAGACAAUGAGACUGCUUUCCGAGAUACUCCAAGCUCCGGAUCCCAUAAAUAUGGAAUCCUUUUUCAGCAGGCUUCCUACUACAUUCAACAUUGUUAUCUUCUCCAUUCACGGCUACUUUGGCCAAGCAGAUGUUCUUGGUUUGCCCGAUACUGGGGGCCAGGUUGUUUAUAUUCUGGAUCAAGUAAGAGCUUUAGAGGAGGAAAUCUUACGAAGAAUCAAGCAGCAAGGCUUAAACGUGAAGCCCAAGAUUCUUGUGGUGACUCGCCUCAUACCAGAUGCUCGAGGCACAACAUGCAAUCAGGAGAUGGAGCCUAUACUAAACUCGUCCCAUUCUCACAUCCUGAGAAUUCCAUUCAGGACUGACAAAGGAGUUCUUCGCCAAUGGGUUUCUCGGUUUGAUAUCUAUCCUUACUUGGAGAACUAUGCCAAGGAUGCUACUGCUAAGAUACUUGAGCUCAUGAAAGGUAAACCAGACCUCAUAAUUGGGAACUACACUGAUGGAAACUUAGUGGCAUCUCUAUUGGCCAACAAGCUUGGAGUUACCCAGGGUACCAUUGCCCAUGCAUUAGAGAAAACAAAGUAUGAAGAUUCCGAUGUAAAGUUGAAGCACUUUGAUCCUAAGUACCACUUUUCUUGCCAAUUUACUGCUGAUUUAUUGGCAAUGAAUGCUGCUGAUUUUAUCAUUACCAGCACAUAUCAAGAAAUUGCUGGAAGUGAGACAAGGCCUGGACAAUAUGAAAGUCACAGGGCAUUUACAAUGCCAGGGCUAUACAGAGUUGUUUCAGGUAUCAAUGUCUUUGAUCCAAAGUUCAACAUUGCUGCUCCCGGGGCUGAACAGUCUACCUAUUUCCCCUUCACUGAGGAACAGAAACGAUUCAUUAAAUUCCGUCCUGCUAUUGAAGAAUUACUUUACAGUAAUGAGGAAAACAAUGAGCACAUUGGAUUUCUUGCAAAUAAGAAAAAACCUAUUAUAUUUUCAAUGGCGAGAUUCGAUACAGUGAAGAACCUGACAGGGUUGACUGAGUGGUACGGGAAGAAUAAGAAGUUGCGAAACUUGGUAAACCUUGUAAUCGUUGGGGGAUUCUUCGAUCCAUCAAAAUCAAAAGACCGAGAGGAAGCAGCUGAAAUCAAGAAAAUGCAUGAAUUGAUUGAGAAAUACAAGCUCAAGGAGCAAAUGAGAUGGAUAGCAGCUCAAACGGAUAAAUAUAGAAACAGUGAGCUUUAUAGGACUAUUGCUGACACCAAGGGAGCUUUCGUUCAACCAGCUUUAUACGAAGCUUUCGGAUUAACUGUUAUUGAAGCAAUGAACUGCGGAUUGCCUUCAUUUGCCACUAACCAAGGUGGACCUGCAGAAAUCAUUGUUGAUGGGGUCUCAGGCUUCCAUAUUGAUCCUUAUAAUGGGGACGAGUCGAGCAAGAAAAUAGCUGAUUUCUUUGAGAAGUGCAAGGUUGAUUCUAAAUAUUGGAACAGGAUAUCGGAAGGAGGUCUCAAGCGCAUUGAAGAAUGUUAUACGUGGAAGAUUUACGCAAACAAAGUGUUGAACAUGGGAUCAAUUUACGGAUUCUGGAGACAAUUCAAUGUGGGGCAAAAGCAGGCCAAGCAAAGAUAUUUUGAGAUGUUUUACAAUCCUCUCUUCAGGAAAUUGGCCGGUAACGUCCCGAUCCCACAUGAAGAGCCCUUAGCACUUGCAACAUCAAACACUACUCAAUCCCAAGAACCAAAACGACCACUAACAGUUCGAGCAGCACUAUCAAAACUUCUGCCAUUACCAACGUUUGCACCUAAGGAAACAGAACAAAAAGAACAAGGGAAGCAGCUCGAGACUUCAAGGACACAGGUCGCGCAGCAGGCUUCCCAUUGGCUUUGUCUAUGCGUUUCUGCUUCAAUCAUCGUUUAUGCUGUGGUGAAAUUGUACGGUUUAGUUGAAUAAUCCAAAAUCUUAACAAGUUCGUGAAAUGUCAAUGGAAUAAAAGGAAAAUCAUCAAAGUGUUAAUAUUCUAGCGCAUGUCUUGUUCAAUUGAAUGUUAAUAAUAUUCUUGUAGUGAUGAUCAGUUACAUAAUAAAUGAAAACUGCCAGGCAUUUUGGUUUC